AUGAUUGCAUCCAUUUCUUCGGCAGGCCUCGAUGAAUUUGAGGUAUUUUCUCGCUUAAGUGCCGGUAGUUGAGGGGUCUAAAGAUAAGAUGAUUCUGCAUAACAACUGCUUUGCUAAUCCAUGCGCUGGUGCAAUCCCUGGGGAUGUUGACUUUGUGCACUUCUGGAAGACCAUAGGAUCUCGUCCUUGUGGAGUCCGUGGAAUUAUUGUUUUACCGUGAGGCUUGUCUUUUUCGAGUUCACUGUCCCCCCCCCCCCUUUACCUGACGGGUUGCGGCCGGUUAGGACCAGUGUUGAGCAUAGCUUCUUAAUUCUGAUUGCCGUCAUUUUUUAAGAAGCUCAAACGUUUAAGUGCUGUCCUUAAAGCUAGGUUAGUUAAAUUCGACCAAACCCGAAAAUUGGUUUCGUUAAGCCUUGGCUGGUUAUUUCUUUAGUCGCUCCGUCCAAUUGAAAAUGGCGUAGUACUGGAUCUGCAACGGGUUAUAGUCAUCGGUUACUGUUUUUCUCCGCUACCCCGUUUCGUAGAAUUGGCCUUUUUCGUCAAGCUUUGCUGGUCCUACUGAUUGCUACGCACUUAGGUGUUUCAGACUCUUUUCGUCCCUCCAUUUUUUAGGGCGCUGGCUUCCAGCCGACUUGGCUGCUGUUUGGCUGCCGCGACUCGCACUUUGAUCUCCUCUUUCCGACCACGUUAUUGGAUUUCCUACGUGAUGGGACUCUAGGCCAUCUUUGUCUCUGCUUUUCACGCCGUCCAUCCCAGGCUGAUUCAGCCGUUAACCCACCUCUUGCACCCCAUCUUCGCGACCUCCUUGGCCACGCCUGCUUGCCGCAGAAGUGCAAGUAUGUUCAGGAAUGCAUGCUGGCGGCUGAUUGCCGUAUGGCUGCACCUGGUGCCUGUGAAUGCUCUGCAGACGUUGCUACUGCCUUUUCCGAUCUCUCCAUGCAGGAAUCGGCGCGCAGUCGCCCGUCACCUUCCCACGCCGAUCAGCUGACCCAUCUGGUCAUGGAUUGUGGGGCCCACAUUCGGGUAUGAAAACUUCCUCUGGCUAUUAUUAAUAUUGCCCUUCCAUCUCUAAUCCUGCGGGAACUAUGUUGGCAGGCAUGUGUCAGCGCCCAUAAUUUUUUCAUCUUUUCACAGAUUAUUAAUAGCUUUUCUUGCAUAACCCGCGGUUUUGGACCACUAGACCUUUCCUUUACAAACUUUCGUAAUUGCUUUGUUGGGUGAAUAUCUCGAACGGUCUAGAGGGUCAUGCUGGAAGUCCUUAUUCUCUCUCUUUCCCCCCUCCUUCCGCCAUAACCGCCACAAUUAGGUUUCAUAGUAACGGGGUUUAUUCUGUCGUGUCUUCCUGCCCCAACUCAGGUGUUCCGUUUGCGCACACUUCGGAGUCAUCAGGACAUUAAGUCAAUUUUUAAGUGACUUUAUUGGUUUCGAAUUCUCCUCCACGAUCAAAACGUAUCACUCAUCCGCAAUGUGUUAAUGCCUGCUUUUACUAUCGCAGCGCCUUCUGCUCAUUGUUUUUAACCGAGAAAGAAUUCGACUUUGCUCACUGUCUUCUUGUGGGAUUUUUAACAUCUAAAUAAACUGUCUUUCCCGCGGUUGUAGGUGUGCGGCGACGCCAAGGGCAUGGCACCCGCAGUUGCCUCCGCCUGGGCUGCCCUAUUCGCACUUCGGUUGGCCACAGGGGGCGUGUGCAUCGACCCGUCCAAAGUUCAAACACUGACGCCGGAGGAGAUCAAACGAGGUCAAAGUUACCUGGCCAUGUUAAAGCAAGAGCAUCGCUAUAUUGAAGACGUGUGGCGUUAG